UAUCAUACAUAGUCUGCUACUAGGGUUUCAAGACACAUCAAGCACACACACCCACUUGACCAAACAUGGCUACUCCCGUUUCAGCUCCUGCUCAAGUCGAGUCCGUACAAUGUUUCGGCCGCAAGAAGACGGCCGUCGCCGUGACCUACUGCAAGCGCGGGCGCGGCUUGAUCAAGAUUAACGGCUGCCCUAUCGAGUUGGUGGAGCCAGAGAUCCUCCGUUUCAAGGCGUACGAGCCGAUCCUCUUGCUUGGACGACACCGUUUCGCGGGAGUUGACAUGCGUAUCCGAGUGAAAGGCGGAGGACACACUUCUCAGAUCUACGCCAUCCGUCAGAGCAUCGCAAAGGCACUGGUAGCGUUUUACCAGAAGUUCGUGGACGAACAGAGCAAAAAGGAGAUUAAGGACAUUCUGGUUAGGUAUGAUAGGACUUUGCUUGUUGCUGAUCCAAGGCGCUGUGAGCCUAAGAAGUUUGGAGGACGUGGUGCCAGAGCUAGGUUCCAGAAAUCUUACCGUUGAAGAAGAUACACAAGAGAGAGAGAAGGUUUAUGUUGCUUCUUUUUUGUUUUACUUUAAAGAAUUAGUAUGUCUCAGCCUAUUGAGAUUUUGACGGUUUAUUUUUAUUAAGGUUUUUUCAACUA